UUGUAGAGUAGUGUCAUGGCGCAGGCACGAUGACAGAUAGUGCUUUCCUUAUCGUCGGAGCGACACAAAAAAAAAACGGCAUGUGGGCCGCACUCCGAGCUUGUUCGCGAGGUGUACCGUUUUUCGUUGUCAUCGGUAUAUUUAUGUUCUUUACACUCCUCAUAUACUCCGAUCGAUUAAAAUGGGACAGCGCAGAGGAAAAACUCGAGCAGCUGGCAAAUACAGUAAUAGAACAAGGUCAAUCAAUCGACAACCUCCAGCGGACACUGACAGAUAGAAUAAACACAUUUAGCCACAAUUCCCCAACAAUAUUCGCCAUCACUCCGACAUUCACUAGACCCGUUCAAAAGGCGGAAUUAACGAGAUUGGCACAAACGUUUCUGCACAUUCCAAACUUCUACUGGAUCGUAAUCGAAGAUUCCAUCAGCAAGACGGAAUUGGUCAAAAAUUUCCUGACGGAGAGCGGCUUGGUUUAUAAACACCUCAACGUCGUUACUCCGUCGGAUUUCAAAUUGAGAAAAAACGAUCCUAAUUGGAAGAAACCGAGAGGAGUAGCACAACGGAAUGAGGCUUUGAAAUGGCUGAGGCAAAAUUUUAAUUCGACUCACAAUGGAGUUGUUUACUUUGCUGAUGAUGAUAAUACGUAUUCCCUCAAAUUAUUCAAGGAGAUGGCGAAGAUUAAAGUGGUCGGUGUAUGGCCAGUGGGUUUAGUGGGUGGUUUGAUGGUAGAGCGACCCAUCUGCGAUCCAGCAACAAUGAAAGUAACGGGUUUCAAUGCUGCAUGGAAGUCAGAGAGAAAAUUUCCCUUAGAUAUGGCAGGUUUUGCCAUUAGUCUACGAGUGGUGCUUGAAAAGAAGGACGCAUGGUUCUCAUUCGAAUCGAAAAAUGGAUAUCAGGAGACCGACAUACUCGAGCAGAUGGUCACGAGGGAUCAGUUGGAGCCAUUGGCUGAUUGUUGUACAAAGGUGUACGUCUGGCAUACAAGGACUGAACCGCCCACCUUGACAGACGAAAAUCGACUGAAUAAAAAAGGAAAAAAGUCAAAUGUCAAUAUCGAAGUAUGAGCUUCCAAUUUAUAGAUUAAGAGUAGAUUAAGGAUUAGAGAGAAAAACUAUUUUUCAUGCUGUGGCAUUUGACCUAUCUACGAAACUAGGGGGAAUAUUAAUAGGGAUCGAUGGAAAUUUUAGCAACAUUCGAGAUCCUAAAGGGCUAUUCAAUUAUUACGCCACGCGUUUUGUGAAAAUUCUAGACCCUAUCCCCCCUCAGUUACGAGCCAUCACAAACAGGGACUCCCCC